AUGUCUGCUGCGACGAUUAUCCAGCGACUGCAUCUAUCAUAUUCCUUAUUUCUGUAUACCACUUCUUGCUCCUCAGCCGGCCUCGUCACCCUCCUAUGUCGCCCAUCCGAUUUACCAUCCGAUGGUUCAGAUCGUUUCGAACAGAAACAGCUUCUCGCUCCAACUCCAUCGGCAGCGGCUUCCUGCGCUCCUCUAUUGGCUUCUCCUGAUCCGCGCCGCAAAAUAUCUUCUUCUCCUGAUCCGCGCCGCAAAAUAUCUUCCCAGCUUCUUCCUCUCCUCCUCCGAGCAGGACUUCGUCCGAUCCCGCCGCCUCCCUUUCUUUCCCCUGCCUCCAUCGGCGGCUCCACCCCCUGCGCCAGUCACACGCGGCCGUGGCCUCCCAACACGGGUGACGCCGGUCGCCGGCCGCCGCGGCCAUGCGGCCACGCUAGGACGGUGGCACGAGGCCACCCGACGGCGCCACCGCCCCAGCACGGACCUGCGUGGUCGCCUCUUCUUUUGCCCCUGCUGCGGCUCCGCUCGGCACCUCGGUCUGCCCGCGGCGCGUCACCUCUUCCUCUCCGUUGCCCCGGCUCAGCUCAGCGACCGGAUCUGGUUGUUGCUCAGUUUCACAGGUUGUGGCUUAGUUUCGCUGGAAUGUCCCACCUGCUUCCGAACUCCACUGGAUGGGUCUUCGCUCUUGCCCUCCAGACUUUGAUUGAUUGCAUAGGUAAAGUAAUUCAGAAAAUACUUCUGAAGUAAUAUGUAUCUAGGUAUGGCCUUCUAAACCUCGGUCAAUGGUCUACAUUAAACAGUCUAUAUUGUACAAAUGAUUAUUUUGGCUUAUAUGCUUGGGUUUAGCUGAAAUGCAUGACUGAAUUGAUUACCUACACCUUUCUAUAAUACAUGCAUUUUGGCAUACUUUUCACUA